AUGAGGCACUCGCUUCUGCUGCCUACGGCGCAAUACAUCGAACAUGGUCAGAGCGGCGCCCCCAUCCUCAGCCUCGUCAAGGUCACCGCUUCCUCCAUUCUAGAGGUCGUCAUCCUCUCCUCGGUCGGCUUCAUCCUCGCUAGAAGAGGCAUCAUCGAUAAACGAACACAGACAAAGAUCAACAAGCUCAACGUCUCGUUCUUCACGCCAGCGCUGCUCUUCUCCAAGGUGGCGUUCACGCUCAAUCCAGCUCGAUUGGCAGAGCUCAUCAUUGUACCGCUCGGCUUCGUCAUCGUUACGGUCAUCUCCACGCUCAGUGCCCUCGUCCUGUCUUGGACGGCAAGGCUCUCCCCGGCGCAGCGUAACUUUGCCAUCGCUUGCGCCAUCUCGCCCAAUUCCAACUCGCUUCCUGUUGCGCUCAUGCAGUCGCUCGUCGUCACUGUCCCGCAACUGCAUUGGGACGAGGAGGGAGAGCCAGAAGACACGGUCGACGGCAUGCUCGGUCGAGCACUGACCUACCUCGUCCUCUUCAGCACUCUCGGCAUGUUCCUUCGAUGGAGUGUCGGCGCCAAGCUCCUCAGCAGCGUCGAGGAAAACGUAUCAGACGACCCCACAGAUGCACCCGAGCACCCCAGCCCGGCCUCAUCUACCAGCGAGACCGACAACCACCACCAGCGUCCGCAGAUCACCCUUCGCAGACCCACCGGCGAGCGACGCCGACCCGAGCGCAAACGCACCGGUCCCCCAGCAUGGGCUCGUAGCUUUCCCAACUCGCCCGAAGCAAGAGCUAGACAGCAUAGGGCAGUGCCAGGCGAAGACGAUCGGGACUCGGAUGUCGAAGACGAGCCUUUGGAGCCGUACGAGGAGGAGGGCCAGAUCACCUUGCCCGGUGCCAGCAACAGCCGCGAGAACCGCUCCUGCUGGAAGGUGUUUACGACAACGACGUACAAGUGGUUUCACAACCUCAUCCUUCGUCCGCUCUCUGCCGUUGCUGGAUUCAUGACCGCACCGCUGUACGCGGCCGUCAUCUCGCUGGUCGUGGCCGUCAUUCCUCCUCUGCAAAAGUUUAUCGAUUCGCUCGAGCCGGUCGUAGGUGCGCUCGAGACGGCAGGUGCCUGCAGUAUCCCGCUGACUAUGGUGGUCCUCGGCGCCUACUUUGUUGCCGACGCUUCUGCGCUGCAAAAGGCUCAGGGUGACAUCCCCAAGGCGGUCCCUCCGAGCGCACCUGCAGGCGACGGAUCGACGUCGGCGACCGGCCCUCAGCCUACUGCACCUGACUCGACGAGCAAGCCUGUCAACGGAGCAGGCAGCGGCAGCGAGAGCGACGAUCCCUGGCGCAGACAGUCUCUCGAAUCCAACACUGUUUCCGGCGAGUCGACGCUGGUGCAACAGAAGGACUACAAGCGCAAAGGUCUCGGCUCUUGGAAUCCCUGGAACAGCGGUUCGUCCUCCAACGGCGGGUCGGACAUCGAAGAAGGAGGUGCACGUUACACCGACGAGCCCUCAUCUUACACCGUCCCCACCACCUCUGCGUCCAACGACGAAGCCGCGCGCAACGCCGACCUCAACAGCCGCAACUCGGCGGGUCGUCACCAGAACGCGCUCACCAAGCAGGCCUCGGCGACGACCAUGGAGCGACGCACCAUCGCCGUCGCCAUCUCGUCGCGCAUGAUCCUCACGCCGCUCAUCCUGCUCCCCUUCGUAGCGUGGUACGCCAUGGCCACGGCGAGCAACGUCAUGGACGACCCUGUAUUCGUCGCCUGCGCAUGCCUCAUCAUUGGCUCCCCACCGGCACUGACGCUGGCGCAGAUCACCAGCCAGUCGGCGCAGGGCAACCCGAGCUUCGAAAGGUUGAUCUCCAAGACGAUCUUUGCUGCGUAUACGUUCUUGGCUGCGCCGACGACGAUUCUGCUCGUGCUGACUGCGUUGGUUAUUACAGAGAACGAUAAGAACAAGGGCUAG